CAUGAGGAUGACGGUUGAUAGUCCACCCGAGCAUCAAGGGGAUUGCGAUUAUUUUGUUGAUGGGAUUGGUGAUAAUGUUGGCAAAUUCUGGACGGAAGACUCUGGCGCGGAGUACUGGGUCAUGCUUUCUUCCGCUUGUACACCGGGUAUCACCGAACAAGCAGCAUUUGCGAGAGAGUGGAACUGUUUGUUCCUGUCCAGUGCCGGAGCGGGAAGUGAUUUGGGGAACAAGGCACUAUUUCCUACACUGAUUAGAUUCUCUCCGAAUUUGUCAAAGGAAUACGCAAUGUGCCUAAAGCAGUUAUUGGCAUAUUACAAUUGGAAUCACGUAACCAUGCUCUGUGAUUCGGACGACGUAGCCGAUAUCGCUUUGGAGGAUGCCACAUUACAAGCGUGCAAUGAUUUUCGCACGAUAAUGGCUGACCUACGAACCCAGUCUGGCUACUCCAUGUACGACCUUCUAGUCAAUUUAACUGAUUCGGCAUCCCGUGUGGCAGCACUGAAAACCGCGCGAGGAUAUAGUAAAAUUAUUUUAAUAAUUGCACGGAUGGAAAAAGUCCGGAUGACCAUGAUAAGCGCAUGGGAUCUUGGUAUGAUCAGCGAGGAUUUUGCUUACAUCACUUUCGUACCGUUCCCCGGUGACUCUACAACCCGAGGACAUUGGGGAUGGCAAAGAAAUGACUCCAGUGACGAGGUCGCACGUCAAGCCUACGAAUCGUUGCUCUUCGUGUCGUUAAGUGGUCUGAAGAUUACCCCGUUAUUGCGAAGCCUGUUUCUUUAUGUCGAGCAGCAAGCCAGCGAAAAGUACAAUAAGAGCCAGGUCAUGAAAUACCAGCAGAAUCAAAGGCUUGCCAUGGCCAGUUUCUUGAUUGCCCGAGCAGCGGCGCAGAUGAUGAACGAAACGAUACAGCUGGGAUGGAACCAUAGCGAUGGGAGAGAAAUCUAUCGUCGUAUGCUAGAUCGUCAGUUCUUGUCAUUUGACGAAUCACCGGUGUACAUCAACCCCAAUGGAGACAGAAGUGAGCUGUAUGCAGUAUGGGGAUACACCAAUUACACCGAGGAUUUGGAGGAAGUUUUGUUUUACGAUGUUUAUCGUAAUCGUAUUUUCCCGGCGCACAACGAUAGCCGAUGGAUUCGUGAGGACACCAUUCCAGACAGUCGACCAUUGUGCGAAUUUGCUGUGACCAGUACAGACUGUCAGGAAAGUGACGGCGCGAUCACUUUGCGAAUUUGCCUAUCUGUAUUAAUACCCAGUAUUGCUGUCUUGGCGGCGCUUAUAAUCGGGUGUUUGAGAUAUCGAUAUGUGCAAUCCGCCAAGGCGCAGCUGUGGAUUCUUUCGUGCUCCCAAAUGGAAUAUCCAUCUCGGCGAUCACCGGUAGUGCCGCCUCUAGCACCAACUAUGUCACGGUCAAAAGUCAGCUUUAUGCGGCUCGCUUCAGUAACUCCUUCGGCCCAUGCUAGCGUGCAACAGUCGGAAUUCCGAGCACGAAACCGAGUGUUUUACAAAGGUGACGCUGUAUGGAUAAAGACAUACGAAUACACACAAGGCCAGUACUCUAAACUAGUCGGAACGGAGCAUGAGCGUUUGUGCACGAGGAAACUCAUGCUGCAUCAAAAUAUCAUUCAGUUUUAUGGAGUUGUUUUUCAUUCGGACCAUUUGGAAAUUGUUACGGAGUUUGCUCCGAAAGGAUCCCUGGAGGAAAUCUUGGACGCUGAAGCUUUUAGUUCGCAAAUUGACUUGAAAUAUUCAUUUAUUCAUGACCUGGUGUCGGGUUUGGGCUAUAUUCAAGCAUCGCCAUUGGGCAUUCACGGAAAUCUGAAAGCUACGAACUGCCUGAUUGACCGGUUUCUUACACUGAAAUUAACAGAUUUCGGAUUAGAGAUAAUAACCAAUAAUGCAAAAAAACUGCUACCUGAAGAAUCUGGUGAAUGGAAUUCCCUCUACCUUGCACCAGAAAUUUUAAAGCAACUUAGCACAAAGGUCACCGACAAAUCCGAAAUCUACAGCUUUGGAAUUCUACUGCACCAAAUUUUGUUUGAAUGUUUACCAUUUGGCAUCAAAAAUGCAUUGUAUAAACGAGGAAAAGAAGAAAUGAGCUCUAUGGUUGUUCAAGCGAUUCUUGAAAAAGUGCGAAUUAACCAAGAUCCUCCGUUUCGCCCAACUGUUCUGCUUGACACAUACGACAAGAAUCUCAUUCAAAUGAUGAAGUCCUGUUGGCAAGAUGACCCCGAAAAACGGCCUUCGAUGCACAGAAUCAGCAAGUUUAUUGUAACUAUACCGGGGCUGGAUAAACAGAUAUCGUACACAGAAGCCGUGAUGCAUCGUCUGCAGUCCUUCGCUGACGAACUGAUGAGGGAGGUCAAUCUGCGUACCAAAGAGUACAAACAGCAGAAACGGAAUGCCGACCACAUUUUGUACCAAAUCAUCCCAAAGUACAUUGUGGAGAAGCUGCAACAGGGCGAGGACGUCCCACCGGAAAUGUUCGAUGAAGUCACUGUUUGCUUUACGGCCGUGGCAAACUUUGCCCACAUCGUGUCGAUUAGCCAUCCCCUUGAAGUGGGGACAUUCCUCAACGCGACCUUCCAUCUGCUGGACAGCAUUAUUCGCACAUUCAAUGUGUACAAAGUGGAAACAGUUUCCGAUACCUAUAUGGUAGUAAGUGGUCUUCCCGAGCGAAAUGGUCAACGACAUUCAGCUGAAAUAGCCAAAAUGGCUUUGUGUAUACUGGGACGCUGCGAGCAACCCCAGCUACGGCUGGGAAGACAUCAGGGACCGCUGCUACUAAAAUUCGGCAUGCAUACCGGUUCUUGCGCUGCAGCCGUUAUUGGAACAAAAAUGCCACGAUACUGCUUAUUUGGUGACACCGUUAAUACUGCCUCCCGCAUGACCUCGUUUGGCCAAGGCUUGAAAAUACACGUUUCAGUGGAUGCAGCAGAGCAUUUGAGCAAUCAUCACGCAAAUCAGUUUAUUCUUCUUAAACGAGGUUUGAUUGAUGUCAAGGGCAAAGGUCAAAUGUCUACAUAUUGGUUGGUCGCUCACAAUCCAUUGCCAGCUGAAUAACACAUUAAUUUUCAGUUUAAGAUAUUAAUAAUUUUGUUUUUCUCAGUGCGAUGACGUUCUGCGGCAUUUAAAAGUUUUUAAUUCGCACCGCUUAA